AUGUCGAAUAUAAAUUUAUUUCCUGAAUUCGAUAAUGAACAAAGACAUGAACAAGAAUAUAAUAAUGGUCAUAAUGAACAUAAAGAAGAAGAAUUAAUUGUAUUUGGUUAUUCAUGUAAAUUAUUUCGUGAUGAUUUUUCUGCUAAAGCUAUUGAUCGUGGUCAAAGUCUUAUACCAUGGAAUGGCGAUGAAAACGUUAUGAUUGACAGGUAUGAUUGUCGUGGACAUUUAUCUGAUUUAACAUUAUGGGAUAGUGAUUUAAUACGAAAUAAACAAUUAAAUAAUGAUGAAAAUUUUUUAAAUGAAGAAGAUAAACAUAUUGAAGAAGAAUGUAAUCAAGAAAGAUAUUUAGAAUUAUAUAGAGAUAUGGAAAAAGAAGCUUUACAACAAGAAGAAAUAUUAAAACGAAUUAAUACAGAUCAAAAUACUUAUAAUCAAGUUGGAUAUACAUAUGAUGGUUUAAAUAAUUCAAAAGAAUCUUCAAGUAAAAUAACAGAAGAAACUUCACAAUCACUUGAUGAUGAUGAAUAUGAACCAUUUUAUCCAUCAGAAAAAUUACAAAUACCUUAUGGCAUGGAUAUUCCUGAAUCUAUUAAAUUAAAUGCUGUGAUUGAAAAAACUGCUAAUUUUGUAUCUAUUUCUGGUGUUCAAAUGGAAAUUUUUCUUAAAACUAAACAAGCAAAUAAUCCUCAAUUUGAUUUUCUUAAAUAUGAUCAUUAUCUUAAUCCAUAUUAUCGUCAUUUAAUUAUAAUGAUUAAAUCUGGUAAAUAUCGACCAAAUUUUCAUAAUAAUUCAACAAAUAAUAAUCAAAAGAAAAAAUCAAAUAAAAAUGGUAUUGAUCAAAAUAGUAGUCAUGAUGAAGAUGAAACAGGUGAUUCAUAUUUACAUCCACUUUUAAGAGGUAGUACAAAUAAUGAUAAUAUAAAUUUAACAAAAAAAUCUGAAGAAAUCUUACGUAAACCAGCAAUACAAAUGAAUAUUCAUAAUACAGCAUAUGGACAAUUAAUUAAAAAAUAUGAACAUCUUAGACAAUGUGAAAAAGUAGUAAAAGAAAAUGAAGAAGAAAAAAUGUCACCAAAACCAGAAGAAAUUAAAAAUGAAGAAUUUUCACCUAAAUCCGAAUCAUCUCCAUCAACAAAUGUAAUUCCGCCACCUCCGGAUGUUAAACCAAUAAUAGAUAAAUUAGCUGAAUAUGUUGCACGUAAUGGUCCAGCAUUUGAACAAUCAAUUCGAACAAAAAAUGAUUCACGUUUUGGAUUUCUUGAACGUGAUCAUAUACAUCAUAAUUAUUAUCAACUUAAAGUACAAUUAUGUGGGCAAGAAAGUCUUCGUAAUAAAAUCGAAGAAAAUCAACAUUCUAUUGAUAAUGAUGAACAACAAUCUAUACAUGGAAAAGGUAUUAAAUUAGUAUUAAAAACAAAUACAGAAGAAUCAUUAACACCUACAUGUCGAGAAUUUAAUUCUGAUGAUGAUUCCAAUUCAAUGCAACAAAAUGAACAAGAUGAUAAUAAUAAUGAAUUUAUUGGUCCUCGUCCUCCAUCACCUGAAUUUCUUGAAAAAAUGCGUAAACAAGAACAACGUCGUGAUCGUAUUAGUGGUUUUGUACGUGAUAAAUUAGCACGUGAUAAACAAGAAGAACGUAAACGUAAAGCUGAAUUACUUGUACAACAAUUAAAAACUAAAAAUAAUGAUUCAACAUCAAUUAUAAAUACAAAUGAAUCAAUAAAUAAUUCAAAUAUAAAUCCAAUACUUGUUGAAAAAUUACUUAAUGUUAAAAAUGAACGUCCAUCAUCAUCAUCAUCAAUAAUAACAUCUCCACAUCAACAUCAACAUCAACAUCAUCAUCGUUCAAAACAUUCCAGAUCAUCAACAAAAUCUCAUAGUCAUUCAAAAUAUUAUCGUCGAUCACGAUCAAAAAGUAAUCAUCGACGACAUAGACGAUCAUCUCAUAAACGAUCACGUACACGUUCAAAAUCUCGAAAUCAUCAUCAUACAAAAAGAUCAAAAAAUUCAAAAUCAUCAAAAUAUAAUCGAAAUCAUCGUCGUCAUCAUCAUCGACGUCAUCGACAUUCAUCAGCAUCAUCAAAUUCUUCAUCAAAUUCCUCAUCAAUAUCAAGAUCACCAUCAUCAUCAUCAUCAACUUCUUCAUCUUCAUCUUCAUCAUCUUCAACUUCGCAUGACAAAAGAAAAAAGAAAAAGAUAACACAUAAUGAUGAUGAACAACGACAAAAUCAACGUAAACAUAAUCCACAAUCAUCAAAAUGGGAUCAACGAGAACCACCAAAAAUGAAAACUGAGGCUCAACAAAUAAAUAGUAGACGAUUAAUAUGGACUGGUCGAGAAUCAUUACGUGAUAGUGAUCCAGAAAUGUAUGGAUUAAUACAAAAAGAAAAAAAUCGUCAAAAAAGUGGUUUAGAAAUGAUUGCAUCAGAAAAUUUUACAUCACGUGGUGUUCUUGAAACACUUGGAUCAUGUUUAACAAAUAAAUAUUCUGAAGGUUAUCCAGGUGUUCGAUAUUAUGGUGGAAAUGAAUAUAUCGAUGAAAUUGAAACUUUAACACAAAAACGAGCACUUGAAGCAUUUAAUUUAAAUUCAACUGAAUGGGGUGUUAAUGUACAAGCAUUAUCAGGUGUACCAGCUAAUUUUGCUGUUUAUACUGCAUUACUUGAACCUCAUGGACGUUUAAUGGGUUUAGAUUUACCUGAUGGUGGUCAUUUAAGUCAUGGUUAUGCAACGUUAACAAAAAAAAUCUCAUCUACAAGCGCUUUUUUCGAAACAAUGCCAUAUAAAGUUGAUCCAAAAACUGGUCUCAUUGAUUAUGAAUCUCUUUCAAAAACAUCAAAAUUAUUUCGCCCAAAAAUCAUUGUUGCUGGUAUAUCAUGUUAUUCACGUAAUCUCGAAUAUGAUAAAUUUCGUACAAUAUGUGAUGAUAUUGGUGCUAUACUUGUUGCUGAUAUGGCACAUGUUAGUGGUCUUGUUGCAGCUAAUGUUGUUGCUAAUCCAUUUGAAUAUUCUGAUAUAGUUACAACAACAACACAUAAAAGUUUACGUGGACCACGUGCUGCUUUAAUAUUUUUUCGACGUGGAAUUAAAAAAAAACAAGAAACAACAACAACAACAACAACAAAAAAAAAAGGAACAAAAGAUGAACAUCAAAUUGAAACAUAUGAUUAUGAAAGAAAAAUUAAUGAAGCUAUUUUUCCUGGUUUACAAGGUGGACCACAUAAUAAUACAAUUGGUGCUAUUGGUGUUGCUUUAAAAGAAGUUGCUUCAAAUGAUUUUAAAUUAUAUGCAAAACAAGUUAUUAGUAAUGCUAAACAACUUGUUAAAACACUUCAAGAAAAAGGAUAUACAUUUGUUGCAGGUGGUACUGAUACACAUUUAGCUUUACUUGAUUUACGUCCUCUUGGACUUGAUGGUGCAAAAGUCGAAAAAGUACUUGAAGCUGUUUCAAUUGCUGCUAAUAAAAAUACAUGUCCAGGUGAUAAGUCUGCUCUUAAACCUUCUGGUAUUCGAUUAGGUACACCUGCAUUAACAACACGUGGUUUUCGUGAAAAUGAUAUAAUUGAAGUUGCUAAUUAUAUUGAUCAAGCAAUAAAAUUAGCUGUUGAAAUUAAUAAACCUAAUGAUACUAAAAAAACUUCUCAAAUAACAUUAAAAGAUUUUAAAGAAAAUAUGAAACGAAAUGAAAAUAUUCAAAAUUUAAAACAUUCCAUUGAAUUAUUUGCUGAAAAAUAUCCAAUGCCUGGUUAUGAUGAAAUUUAA